AAAAAGAUUUUGACCCAACUUUUCGUCGGGCCGGUUGCCCUAUAUAAGCCGGGGAUCUCAUAUUGUGUAGGCCUCGAAUAGCAGGCGACGAAUCUGUCGGAGCCCGAUCGCGUCGAUCCUUCACAAGACACUCAUUUGGUUUUUUGGGGGACGACUUGCGAGAACAAUGGUCAUUCCAAAUGGUGCACCUCCAAGGGGCAGUGCAGCAGCAGCUGCCAGUUUGCGCAGGAGACGGGCAGCUGGAGGCAGUGGCAGUGCAGGAGCUGCUGGGAACACCAUGCUGCAGUUUUACACAGAUGAUGCACCAGGGCUUAAGAUCUCACCUAAUGUGGUUCUCAUCAUGAGCAUUGGCUUCAUUGCUUUUGUUGCUCUUCUGCAUGUCGUUGGUAAAUUUUAUUUUGUUCCCAGGGACUUGAGGAGAGCUCAACAGUGAUGGCCAUCUACUUGUAGUCUGAAUUUUAAAUGGACAAGUUUUUCCCAUUUAGUACCCUAUAAUUUUAUUUGAGAGUUAUGUUUCUUUAUGAACAAUAGACUAGUAAAUUAAUUUUAUUUACAGAUUUUAA